AGACAAAGAGGCAUCUUCACCAUGUCUACUCGACCAAAGAAAGUAGAAUGACGAGUUCAUACAAGUAGUUACUCGAUACCUACAAAGACAUGUGUCGUCCAUGAAAAGACAUGUUGCCAGAAGCUGUCAUCCCUUGAGAGGGGAUGACAAGUGCUGAUGUGGGAGGGCGGCGGCCCUUCGCGCGCCUCUUUAGAACACUCCUAGUAUGCAGCAGUGUGCUACUGCAGGAACAACAGGGGGUAGAAUGUCGACGCAUCGCGUCCUCUAUUGGAGGACGAGCCCUUUUCGGCGGGGAGCGCCAUAUGUCGGGUUUUGGAGGGGAGAAAAGAAGCAGCUUGCGGUUAACUGCGAAGAGGUUAGUUAAGGGCACCUUAAUAGACUCAAUGUGUAUCGUUUGAAAGUCAACGCAGACCCUGCCCUCAGGAUUCCUAAUGAUGAUGAGCGCUAAUACCAAGACCGGUGCAAGUGCUGGAGCGGUGCAACCGACUACAGCGAGCGCUAGUACUGCAGCGGGUGUUGGAGCUACCGCCGGCGCUGGAGCUAGCACCACGGCACCCGCUAGUGCUGCGACCGGAGCUAGCACCACAGUACCCGCUAGUGCAGGUGCUGGGGCUAGUACCACAGUGGGCGCAAGUACUGCAGGUGCACUAGGUAAUAGUACAGCGGGUGCUGCAGGAGGUAAUAGUACAGCUGUGGUAUCAUCGGUUUCUUCCACAGGUCCAGUAGUAGCCAAAACGAGUGCAACAAGUUCAACGACCAUAUCAGGAGUACCGCUUUCUAGCAUUUCUAUCGCACCAUCAUCUUCCUCGACUAAUAGUGGUAGUGGUAGUGUUAGUACAUCAGCGUCUUCAAACGGAACGUCUAGCAAGAACACAACGAGAAGCAACACCCGGAUUCUCUUUAUUAAGGCUGCGACACCAGCACCACCUAGAAGAUGUAGAUGUAUCUAUAAUUUAGCAUGAAGAUCUGUGAAUAUCCUUAUAGCAAGAAGUUCAAGUAUGAUCUUCUAAUCUUAGCCGAUUCAAUACGAGUAAUGCGACAUUAGACGGGGAUAGAUGUGGUGAAUGCGCCUGCAUCUCAGUAGACAGACGAGCUGCUCCCCAGAACCGUCGGUGCCCUGAAGAGAAUCGCUUCGCGACUACGCUUCUAACAUGGGGAGAUGGCGUGUCCUUGCGCACUCAAUGCUUGAGAGAAUGUACUAUCUAGUGCUUUUUUAUACUGUUGAAGCUUGCUCAUGCGUUUUCUUAAAAGUGAUCAAUUGUACUACUAGUAAGCGAGGAACAAGAAGAAGACAUCUUCUACGUCUGUAUCACCACCUCAAACGGACGCACUGUUGUUUCCCUUUGACCACUCUACUCCACCCACAAUCUGCGGAUCGCCGACGCACUAUUGUUUCCCUUUGACCACUCUACUCCAUGCACAGCACAUCGCCAUGGGACAAGGAAAGCCAAUUCCCGCAUCUAUCACACAUCUUCCAGGUGAAAAAUACAACAAUUCGACUGACAAAAACGCGACUACGAAGUGCCGUUCCUUUCAAACGCAGUCGAUGCCUCCGAACUGUCAUUUGCUCAAUACGAGCUACAACGCAACUGUCUGCUAAGGCAAAUUGUACCAUUUGAUGAAAAUUCUUCAUCAAAAUAGACCUCUUGGUGCCAGGCACAUCAAUCAAUCAAUCAAUCAAUCAAUCAAUCAAGACUUGUGCAUGUACUCGUGAUCUUCAUCCUCCUAUGACUUCCACGACUCUCCAGGAGGCUGUUGGAAAAUGUGCACCUUUGGAAAGUUGGUUUAAGACAAGAGCACCUACUGUAUAAUAGGGCUAAAAUGAGAUCAUUUUGUGAGAAUUCGAAUUCACACUUUCAACACACUCUAACAUCACAACGUUUCGCUAUCGACUCUGGGCUGGGGAGUCUACGGUAUGACUUGCCCUUGGGACAAAAACGCAGACCUUGUUUUUUGGAAGGGCGUUCCGUCACAAAUCUAGACGCGCGCUCCGUAGCUUUCUGGAAGGGCGAUCCGUAGCUAUUGUGAGGAUGUGCGUGUGGCGAUCCGUAACCAGUGCUGUGGAUGUGCGUGUGGAGUGGUGGCUUUGCCUCUGGACGGGAACGAAACAAAUCUAGUGAAGAAGACAUAGAAUUUUGUUUCAAUUUCAAACAGACCACUUUUUAGCAACAAAUGGACAACUACUAAUAUGAAAUAAACGACCAGCAUAUGUUGUCCUCACAGAUGUUUAACAUAUAGAGAAAUCGUCUUCGUGUCGAUGCGAUUUGAAAAUAAAGACGACCCAUUCCACAUCCAUUCUCCUGAUUGAAGACUCGUUCUCCAUUCCUUUCAAUCCUACAAAUAAAAUGCACUGCUCUGUAAAACUUUUGAAACGUCAUUUGAAUUAUUCGAAGAAGAUGAGCUGACGCCUCAUCCGGGGACGAGACGCGGCCUUUG